AUGGCCAUAUUUCAGUUGGCCAACGGUGAUGGCGGGAGUACCGCAAGCGUUACCUCAAUGGACGCUCUCAUCAUUGGCACUGGACCAGCGGGCGCAGCUUUGGCCGCCUUUCUCGCAAACUACGGAAUUCGAGGUGCUAUGAUCAGCUCAUGCCCUACAAACGCAGAUACACCAAGGGCUCAUAUCACGAACAUGGCAGCAAUGGGUGAGUUAUGCGCUCGCAAGUCAUCUUUGAACUGUGUCCUCACAAAUUACGACAUAGAGUGUCUUCGCGACUUCGGUCUAGAAGCAGAAUGCAACCGCCUUGCCACAAAUGGAAUCAACAUGAUGCAUACGCGAUGGGCGUACAGCAUGGCAGGUGAAGAGUACGCCCGAAUCCACUCUUGGGGACACGAUCCAAAGAGGAAGGGCGACUACGAAACUGCGAGUCCCUGCGACCCCGUCGACCUUCCCCAAACCCUCCUCGAACCGAUCCUCGUUCGAAAUGCAACACUCAACGGCUUCAGCUGUCGAUUUGAUACUACAUUUGUCAACUUCACAGAAGACAAAGACGGCGUGUUGUCAACGCUAAAAGAUAAUAUCUCGGGCGCGCUAUACCAGAUCCACUCCAAGUACUUGUUUGGCGCGGAUGGUGCUCGCAGUGAAGUCUUCCGUCAAUUGGAGCUCCCACUGGAUGUGCGACCUGACCAGGGGGUUGCGUACAAUGUACAUCUCAAGGCAGAUCUCUCCAGCUAUAUGCAAUACCGCACUGGCAAUCUGCACUGGCUAUUGCAGCCAGACAGGGAGCAUCCUCUUUUCGGUUGGGCAUGCAUAGCCAGAAUGGUCAAACCAUGGAAUGAAUGGCUAUUCAUUGUGCUUCCCGAGCGAGGGAAAGAAUUGACAAUCACUCCUACAAAUGAGGAGUGGGAGAAACGAAUGAAGGAGUUUAUCGGAGAUGAUUCAAUCCCCACCGAUAUCCUAGGCGUCUCCAAGUGGCGAAUCAACGACGUGGUCGCAGAGAAGUUUUCCAAGGGCAGAGUAUUCUGUCUGGGUGAUGCUGUUCAUCGUCACCCACCAUCGAAUGGUCUUGGCUCCAACACAUGCAUCCAAGAUGCCUACAAUUUAGCAUGGAAGGUUGCUCACGUUCUGAAGGGACACGCAUCCCCUUCUAUCCUUGAGACAUACUCAGAGGAGCGCCAACCUGUCGGCCGCGCUGUGGUCACUCGCGCGAACUCGUCAUUCCGCCAUCACGGUCCUGUAUGGGAAGCCCUUGGCGUGACUCUACCAACACCAGAACUGAGGGUAGAAGCUUUGAAUGAACUCACGCUGCCUACCGAGCAAGGGCGUGCUCGCCGCAGUAGACUCCAAGCGGCCAUCGAGGAGACGGAGCACGAGUACCAUGCUCUUGGUACAGAAAUGGGCCAACAUUACCAAAGUUCUGCGGUAUAUACCGCGGACGAAAAGGAGUCAUUCUAUACACCGGAGGUUGUCGCCAAAGACGCUGAUCUUUGUUUGACUCGGAGCACAUACCCCGGUUGUCGCCUGCCACAUGUGUGGCUCAAUGCCGCCGUUCCAGUUCAACGUGUCUCUAGCAUUGAUUUGGCUGGACAUGGAUUAUUCACCAUUCUGACCGGUAUUGGAGGCCAGGCUUGGAAAACUGCUGCUGACCAGGUAGGAACUGGUCUUGGGAUGAAUAUCAAGACAUAUUCUAUUGGUUUUAGACAAGACUAUGAAGAUGUCUACUUUGACUGGGCCCGUGUGCGGGGCGUGGAUGAGACUGGAUGUGUUCUUGUCCGCCCUGAUCGAUUUGUUGCCUGGAGAUGCGAUACAGUGAUUGGCGAUGCGACUCAAUGUGCUUCAAAGUUACGGGAGAUUAUGGUCAGUAUAUUGGGGCGGCGAUAG